CUUACCUAACCCAACGUGAGAUAAUCUCAGGCUGUCGCCUAAUAAAAUCCAAAAACCCGAAAGCUUCGAGUGUUAAAUAUUCCUACCUAAUAAAAAAGAAGAAGCGUGUGUUUUUGCUUUUAGGCAAAUUAAAGUUGAAUUACGUGUGCCGAAAAAGUUAAAAAAGACUGAAGGCCAUUCAAGGGUUGUUCAAAGGAAAAUUCGGUGAAAAGUUUCGGUGUGUGUGUGCAUUGCGUGAGAAAAAUCAAUUCUGCAUUUGGUGGAAAACCAAAAGGAGUGGAGAGGAAAAAGGACAAAGGCUGGGGAAAACUCGUAACCGAUGACAAUUUGGCUUGACAAGGGUCUAUUAGCGAAAUCAAUGCCAUUAUGGCUGAUAGUGGAGGAGGACCAGGAUCCAAGCACAAGGAUCCAAGUUCCAUAGAUGCCGGCCUCCAUGAUGAUGACGUGCCUCCAGUCCCAGCUGUUCGCCGGCGUCGCGCGCAUGAGCAGAAAUCCUCGAGAGAGCAAGUGGAGCAGGAGGAGGAGCGGCAGGAGGAGAGCCAACAGCUGGAGACAUCGACGGUGACGAGGACUUAUAUGAAAACCAUCACCACCUCCCUGACCACCUCGAGUAGCUCGAAUAUAGAGGAGUUGGUCCUGGAGGACCAGCCUUCAUCUGCUCCUUCGCCCAAUCAACAGAGACUCCGACAAAAGGUGGCCCAAUACGAAAAGGUCUGGUCGGAUGGCUCUAAUCCCGUCAAGCGGCCCGCUGAGCAAAGCUCCGAUGAGCUGCGUUUGGUUGACGAUCCGGAAGAUUACGAUGCCGAGAAUCCCUUCGAGAUAGAUGUCCACGAAAUCGAGCGGAGAUUGCGACAGGAGAGGCAACGUGGAUUGGCCGAGGCGGAGGCAGCCAAGUUGGCCUUCCAGCAGGUUCAACUGAGGCACACAACUCCUCCUCGUCGAGUCGAGGUGACCAGUGACCAGGUGGCGAGUCCUUUUAACGUAACCCUUCGCACUACCAGUCGCCUGAUGAGCCCCUCUGGCGAGCAGGGCAAUGUGGAGGAGCAUUUGGCGCCGUUUAAUGUGACCCUACGAACGGCUCGAAGGACCAAGAAAAGGGAGCUCAAUGAAGUAGAAAGUUUCCUUGAAGGAGAAAGAACUGUAAGAGAGGUUCCUUCCGCUGAUGGCGUGAGAACCAUCAUCACCUCCUCGAUGACCAGCGAUGGCGGCUAUGCCGAGGAGAAGAUCUAUCGCCAUGGCGAGGGCUAUGUUUCGCCCAGAGAUUCGCCAUCCUGGUCGCGUUCGAGUAUCUCCAGUGAGCGAUCCAGUGUGACGCCACCGAGGAGCGUGGAUUUAACCGCCGGCGGACGAAGGAUACUGAUCAAAUUGGAGCAGGAAAGUGAACUAAUCGGGGAGGACUCAACCGAUUCGUUUGGUGGCCGACAGGAAGUACCCAUGGCAACGGGCAACAUUGACAUUACCGUCGGCGGUAGCAACCCCCGCCGGCGUUUGUACCAGCAAACAACUGUCCAGGUGGGUGGUGGUGCUACUACCCCCGAACAGGUAACACCACCCCAAAGGCAGAGACCCAGGGACCUGGAGCUGAAGACAAUGCUUAAAACAUCCACGCCAAUUGGCACGAAGGAGCAACCGCAAAAGGGUCUAGUUAGUCCAGCUGCAACGUGCCAAUUGCGCGGUUCUUCGACGGAAGAGCCACGGAAAAUUGUAAGCCACAAAACGAUAACCAGCACAACGACCAAGUCCUCGUCCUCAUCCUUAUCCACGUCGCGUAAAUUAAUCGAAACGUCGCCGGUUGUCGGGAAUAUCUCGGAAAUUCGUAUCGCCGGUAACGAUCUAGAGAUCGAUAACGAUUCGGACACCGAGGGCCGACCGGCCAGCAGUAUAGUGAUUGUGUCCACGCCCACGCGACCUAGCACUCCUUCAUCCCAAUCACAAUCCCAUUCCGCAUCCACAUCCGCUUCAGCUGCCCACGCCCUCAGCGGCAUCGGCACUUUCAGCAAGAGUCUGCGCCAGGAUUAUCAGACUCUGGCAACGCAAAGUGGCCGCAGCAACGAAUCACCCAGUGAACAGGAAUACCACGAGUUCCAGUCCACCAUGGCGUCCAUCAAUUACGCCCGCAGCAAUUCCCAGUACGACAGCCAUAUCAAGGAGAAACGAGAGGAGCAAGAACGUGUGCAGAAGAAGACAUUCACUAAUUGGAUUAAUUCAUACCUAUUGAAGCGUGUUCCACCGCUUCGUAUCGAUGAUUUAAUCAAUGACUUACGCGAUGGUACGAAACUAAUUGCAUUGCUCGAAGUUCUGUCCGGAGAACGCCUGCCCGUGGAGAAGGGUCGCGUCCUGAGACGUCCACAUUUCCUUAGCAAUGCCAAUACGGCCCUGCAAUUUUUGGCCAGCAAACGGAUCAAGUUGGUUAAUAUUAAUCCCGCAGAUCUGGUGGACGGGAGACCACCAGUUGUGUUGGGUUUGAUAUGGACAAUCAUCUUGUACUUCCAGAUCGAGGAGAACAGCCGCAACCUAGAGUAUUUGGGUCAUGGUAUUGGCGGUUCGGUUAGUUCCCUCGACAGCGUUGGUAACCAGAAGCACGGCGAUCUGAAGGCUGAGAAAUGGAAGCAGGGUGCCAGGAAGACCCUGCUCAACUGGGUGACCAAUGCCUUGCCAAAGGAUAGUGGUGUGGAGGUGAAGGAUUUCGGCGCCAGCUGGAGAGAUGGCGUCGCUUUCCUGGCCCUCAUCGAUGCCAUCAAGGCGAACCUGGUCAACUUGGCUGAGCUGAAGAAGACCAGCAACCGUCAGCGCUUGGAGACUGCUUUCGAUGUGGCCGAAAGCAAGUUGGGCAUUGCCAAGCUCCUGGACGCUGAGGAUGUGGACGUACCCAAGCCGGAUGAGAAGAGUAUCAUGACAUAUGUGGCGCAAUUUUUGCACAAGUAUCCCGAACCAAAGGGUGCCUCUCGCGACCAAUCGCAUGUGCAACAGGAGGCGGACGAGCUGCGUCGCUUCCUGGUGGAGAAGACCACCGAGUACGAGCCCAUGGUCAUGAUGAGCUCGUUCCCACGCGAUUUCAGUGAAUAUUUACUCGCCCGUUCCGAAGUCGAUGCCCAUUUGGCGGCCUAUAAUCGCUUGAAACAGCUCAUCGAGAGCCAGAGCGGAUUCCUGCAGGUCUCCCGCCAAUCCUGGGAGGAGAUCAACGAGCUGUGGCAGCGCCUCCAGUACCAGAUGAUGUACUGGCUCUGGCUGCUGGACUCGGAGCUGCCCGGCGACUUUGGCACCGUUGGCAAAUGGUUAGCCGAAGCGGAGAAACUAUUAAUGGACAAUGAUAUACCGAAUGCAAUGAAUGAGGAGACGGCCGCCGUGAUAAGCAGGAAGCUGGAGGAGCACAAGCUCUUCUUUGCCGAUCUGCCACGCAUUUUGGCCAUGUUUGACAAUGCCAAGCGAUCGCCGCUGGCCCAGCAGAUUCCCCUGGAGCAGUUGCGCAACAUGGAGCGCCGUCUGCAGGAAGUCGGACCAAAGGCAGCGGAGCGCAGGAUUCGUUUGAAGUUCCUCGAGCACAAGUGCUGUCUGAUUGCCUUCUUGAACCUCGUGGAGAACAAGAUGCGUGGCUGGACCGGGAAGUAUGGGCACGAGGAGAAGGUGGCCCAACAGCUGGAGCAGUACAAGAACUUUGUGUCGCGCAACAAGAUCUUCCAGGAGUUCCAGAAGGCCUUUGUCGAUAUGCAACAGGUGGUGGAGGAGUACAAGCGUGAUGGCAAUGUGCCGCGCAAGGAGAUCAACGAGAUCGAUCGGUUUAUGUACGAAACCGAGGAGCGUUGGAAGCGCGUCUCCAUGGAGCUCAAGUGCUGUCAGAAUUCUCUAGAGGAAGUGGUCAACUGCUGGCGCAGCUGGAACCAAUUGGCUCCCUCCUGCGAGGAGUGGCUACUGUUGGCCGAGCAGAAGGUUAACCAGAGCGAAGACGAACGACUGGACUUCUUCCAGGACAUACCCGUUUGGAAGGAUAAAUUUGAUGCCCUAGCUAACUCGGCUAACUAUCUGAUUGCCUCCUGUGAGGAGCCCAUUGCCCAGCAGCUGCGUCAGCGUCAUGGAGCUCUCUCCGAGCGCUUUGAACGUUUGUUUGCCAACACCAAGCAGUAUAUGCAUGCUGGAGACAUCAUACGUUCGCGGCAGGAGUACAAAUCAGGCAUAGAGCAGCUUUCCCGUUGGCUGCGAGGAGCUGAAGCUGUUCUCGACCAGAAACAGAUCCUCGGCAACAGUGAACAGAUCAAGCAAUAUGGCCAGCAGCUGCAGCAAUUGGCCAGCGAAAUCGAUGACAACGAGGAGCUGUUCAAGACCAUCAGCAGGAAUUUCCAAUCACUGAUACAAGACCUCUCACGCGACGAGGUGGACAAGAUGAUGAAGCUUCUGAAGCAGGAAAAGGAAUCUCUGGUGCGCAUACGCGCCCAGUUGCCUGCCAAGCUGCAUCUCUUCCAUCAGCUGCAGAUCCAACAGGAAUCCCUGGAGGCCGGGCAAAAGGAGAUCCAUCAGUGGUUGACUGAAGCUGAACAGCUGCUGGGAACCCAUAAUCUUACGGGAGGACGUGAUGCCAUCAAUGAGCAACUCCUCAAGCACAAGACCUACUUCUCACGCACCGUCUACUAUCGUUCCAUGCUGGAGAGCAAGAACAAGGUGUUCCAGAAUCUACUAAAGGCCGUCUCCGCGGAUGACAAGAUCGACACUGCUCCGGCUACUCAACAAAUGCAGCAGCUGAACGAACGCUUCAACUAUGUGAUCCAGAAUGCCCAGCAAUGGGAGCAGCGAUUGGACUCGGCAGCCGGUGGAUGGAGCAACUUCAAGGACAACGAACGUGUGGUCAGCGAAUGGCUAACCCAGGCCGAAUCCAUGCUGGUGGAGAAGCAUAUCGAAUCGAAGACCACCAUCGAGACGCAGAAGUACUUCUUUGAGCAGGUCAACGAUCGCUGGAUGAACGAUCUGGUGCAGUCGGCUCAACAACUACUGACCACCCUGCCCGCCCAGGAGCAACCUGCUGUGGUGCACAGUGUGGAGCAGUUGCAGUCACGCUGGAAGAAUGUCCUUUCCCAGGCUCCUUUGCACCUACUGAAACUGGAAUUCCGCCUGGACGAGAAUGCCUUCUAUCAAUCCCUGAAGGAUGUGGAGAAGGAGUUGCAGCUGGAGCAGCAGGCUCUCAAUCGCAACGAGGAUGUGGACUCUAUUCUGCAGCGCAACCAGCAGUUCCUCCUCCAACAGGAUGCGGUUCCCCGACUGGAGCGUUGCCUCCAAAACAUGGAACGUUUGGCCCAAGCCCACAGGCAACAACAACCCGGUGACAUUAGUCUGGAUCAGGCCUACGACAAUGCCAAGUCGCAGUGGCAACUGUUGUCCAACAAACUGGGCGACAUGCGCCAGACUCUCCAGCAAAUCCCAGCCCAAUGGCAGGGUUAUCAUCUGAAGUUCAACGACAUGGUCGGUUGGAUGAACGGCGUGGAUCAGAGCCUUAAAAAUAUCGUAAAUGAGGUCAAUACCAUGGAGGAAUUCGAGAAGGAGAAGGUCGUCUUCCAGAAAAUCUGCCAAGAUGCUGACAACAAACGCGAGGAUAUGAAGUGGUUGGUCAAGACAUUGGACUCUCUGCUUAGCUACGCUACCGAAGAUGAGGCCAAUCUGGAGCAGAAGAAACUGGAAGACCUGAUCGCUCGCUACAAGAACCUCAUACCCACAAUUGAGAUCACCAUGGUGAAGACGGAAGUUUUCUCCAAGUGCUACACCUACCGCCGUGAAGUCCACGAGGUGGUGUGCCUACUCAGCAAGGUCAAGGAUCAGACGGCCAAUAUACCAGCUCCCGAUAGUCUGGAGCGUGUGAAUCGCCUGAUUGAAGAGCAGCAGUAUGCCAUCAAUCAGCUGGAUCACCAGCGUCCGCACAUCAUGUCUAUGCUACAGAGAGGACGUGAUCUCAUCAAGGAUGUGCACGCCCCGGCCUUUGUAAAUACCGAAGUGAAGAAUCUGGAGACUGGAUGGAAUCAGGCGUACACUGAAACCUCCGACAAACUACAGGCCCUCAAGGGCACCCAGGCUGUUUGGAGCGAGUUCGUGGACCAGAAGAACGACAUCUUCUCCAUGUUGCAAACCGCAGAGACGGAGCUUCGUUCGUUGACACCACUGCAAACCGAUCCCAAGAACGUUAGCCAGGAUCUGAAGUCCAAGAGAGAUUUGAAUGUGCAAUUGCAGCAGGCAUCCCAUCAACUUUUGCCUAAGCUGCAUGCUCUCAAAUCGGAACUUGCUCCUCUGGCUGCCGCCGACAAGCGUCCCAUUCUGGAGAAGGAAGUCACGGAGGUGGAGAAGAUGUUCUUCAACACCAUGGAGCAUGUGAAGGAUCGCGUCGGCUAUCUGGAGGACUACAGUGCCAAGUGGAACAACUACAAGACACGCCUGGCCGAACUGCAGGAAUGGGCCAACAAGGUGGCGCCCAAGAACAUCGAGGCCCUUCAGUCGGAGGAUCUCACACCGGAGGAGCGUGUGGUCAAGGUGCAGGCCUUCAAGCGCGUCCUUGGGGAUCGCAUGAAGCAACUGGAUCUUCUGGCCGCCGAUGCCUCCGAGUUGGCGCCCAAGGAGGGCAACAUUGCCGAGGCCAAGCGACUCAAGGGCGAGAUUACCAAGCUGCAGGAGGUCCUCAGUGCCAUCAAUCGCAACGUGGACCAUCAGGCACAGGCUGUGCAGGAGGAUCUCGUGAACUGGCAGCAGUUCCAGGCCGGUCUGCAGCAAAUCAAGCCAGCCGUGGAGCAAAGCGAAGUCAAGGUAAAUAAUGUAGUUUCUAAGCCCAUCUCCCUCGAAGAAGCCGUUGCCAUGCAACAGAAUGCCCAACAAUUCGAGACACAGUGCCAGGAGCAAUUGGACAAGCUCCAUGGCAUAUCAAACAUCAGUCAUAAAAUGUUAUGUAAGACCAAUGCCCCCGAUGAAUUGGAUGCCAUGCAUUCGCGUUGGACGGCCGUCCAUGAGAACGCCAAGCAGGCGAGCUCCAAGCUCGAGAAGUUGGUGGCCAAUUGGAAGUCCUUUGACGCCGAUGCCGCCAAGCUCGAGGAUUGGGUUGGCCAGGGUGAGCAGCUGAUGUCCCGACGUCCAGCUGUUCUGAAUACCCCACACAUUGAUAAGCUCGAAAAGGAGCUGGUCAAGCUGAAGUCCUUCAACAACGAGAUCUCGCAGCAGCAGGCGAAGCUCGUGACUCUGGGUCAGAAUGCCGAUCAGAUUAGUUUGCACUUGGCUCCCGAAGGAGCAGCGGCUUUGAAGGAUCGGGUAAACCAAAUGAAGGGCAAGUUGCAGAAGCUCUCGGAAGCCACUCGCGGUCACAUCAACGAAGUUUCCGAUGCCAUUAUAUCGCGGCAGGACUUUAAUGCCAAAUUGGUUAACUUCUCCAACUGGAUGGAGCAGCUUCGUAAUCAGGUUACCCAAGUGGAGGAGAUCAACCCAGAGCGUGUUGAGACCAGUCUCCAUGUUAUUCACGCCCUGCUUCAGGAACAUGCCGAUAAGAAGCCAAGCUUUAAUGCCAUCUACGAUGAGGUUAAGCAGUUGGCUUUGGGAGCCACUCCCGAAGAGUCGAAUGCCCUGAAUGAUGCGUACACCGCUUUGGUGGUGAACUACCAAAACCUGGAGACCAAUAUGCUGCAAAAGAAGGCCGCUUUGGAGAAGUGGACUGAGCUGCUUGGCUGGAAGAACGACACAGAGUCGCAUUUGAACUAUCUGAAACAUCAGCUGGACAAACCGGAAGGACCCGCUGCCGAGGAGCUCGCGAAGGUCAUCGAUGAGAUCGAUAAUCUGGGUCAGGGCAUUGCCUACUGGAAGGGUCAGGCCAAGGAGAUUGACGAGAAUCCGGCCAUCCAAUUGAGAGAUGCCCUGUCCCGCCGUCCACUGAUUGCCACCCAAAUUGUUAACGAUGUGGAGAACAAGCUGGAGAACCUAAAGCUACGCUCGCAGAACCAACAGCAGCAAAUCCAACAGAUGACCGUACGCAAGGACAAGUUCCACGCCCUGGAGCACAACUUUGGUCAGGCUCUGCAGGAGAAUCGCGCCAAGCUAGACGAGAUUCUCAGCCAGCAUCCCACACUGAACAACAUCGAUCAGAUCAUUGCCGAUUUGGUCGCUCUGAAUGAGGCUUUGAAAUACCAGGCGGAUCUGAAGAAUCGCAUCCAUGACGAAGGUUCUUUGCUGAUGCGUGAGGAUAUUGCCAGCAUGCCUGCCAUUCAGGAGAGCCUUCUUGUCAUGGACAAGAACUAUGAUUCUCUGCAGAACGAGAUUGCCGAUCGCAUUCAAAAGUACAACCUAAUUAGCCAGGCUCUUAGGGAGUAUGCCGAUUCCAAGGAUAAGUUCUCCAAGGAAUUGAAGAAGGCAGAGGAUUUGUUCAAUGCCAUACCGCAACAGCCACGUGACGAAACCGAGCUCCAUCAGGCUUCCGAGAAGACCAGGAAGACCAUGGAGCAGUUGCGCAAAUCGAAGCUCAGUUUGGAUGAACUCGAGCGUCGUGGCAACAAUGUAGGCAAGCUAUUCAGUGCCAUUGGAGAGCCAAUUCCACAGGAAGUGCCUCAGGAGGUAACAGCGGCCAAACAGCACUGGCAGGAUCUGCACGACAAGACAGCGAAGAACGCACAUGUCUACGAGACUGAAGCCGUCAUUUGGUCACAGAUCGAAGAUGCUAAGAAGGACCUGCUACCCUGGUUGUCCGAAACAAAUCAGGGACUCUGCGAUGCUGCGGAUAACUCGAUUGAAAUUGAGUUUGGACCCAUGCGUCUGAGCAAAUAUCGCACGGAGUUGCCUUCCUACCAGGCUCUGAAAGAUUCGAUUGUGGAGAAAACAAAUGACUUGGUGAAGAUCAACAAAGGCGCAGAGAUUCCCGCUCUAUCGGCUCUCAAUAAACUCUUGACUGAUCAGUUCGCCGAAGUUAGCAACAAUGCUGAUCGUUUGAGUGCUGUUACCACUUCCUUUAACGAUCAGGAACAAGAGUUGCGCAAACGCUCGAAGGAAGCCGGCGAGCGGGUAAGCAAACUCCGUGAGCAGCUGAUCAAGUGCGACGACAUGUCCGGUGAUAAUAACAAAAUCAUGGAGCGUCUUCUGCAAUGCCGUGCCUUGCGUGGUGAACUCGAUAAUAGCGGAAACGAAAUAGACAAUAUCAAACAAAAGGUCGAUGAGUUGCGUAACCUGUAUCCCACUUUCAGUGAGUCCAUCAUACCCAAAGAACUGAACAAUGUGCAGAAACGCUAUGAGAACGUUGAUCUGUAUGCUAAAAAGAUUGAGAGUUCCCUGCUGCAGUUCCUCAAGAAAUUCCAUGCCGAUAAGGUGGGCAUGCUGAAGCGUAUCAUAGCCACCCAACGCGAGAAGGUGGCCUGGUGUCAGCCAGAGUCUUCUAGUGACAAAUACAACCUGGACGUGAAGAAAUCAUCGUUGCAGGAGGUCAGCAAGAGCAUUGAUGACUGCAAGGCGCGACAUGCUGAAACACUGAAGUCACUUGAGAUGUUGAAGGCUGUGGAAUCGCCGCAAAACCUGGCCGAGCUCACCAACGAUGCUGAGUUGUUGCGUAAGGAUAUGCAGGCUCUGCAGGAUAGCUUUGACAAAAUCAAGGGAAUCCUCGACGAGAACGUCGAUUUGUGGUCGCAGUAUGAGCAAUCGAAUGAGCAGAUUUCCAACUGGUUGCGUGACGUUGAAGGACGCGUCAAGGCCGAAACUAGCAUUCAAGUUAAUCUACCCGAGGUGCCACAGAAACUUCAGGAAUUGUCUAUCCUCCAACAGGAUGUUUUGGCCCAUGAGCCCAUAAUUAAUAACCUUGAGCAGACGUCCCAGCAGCUAAUUGAAAAGAACCCAGAGGCGAGAAUUGGUCAGUUUGUCACUCAUUUGGUGCAGCGUUAUCAGGCUGUGGCCAAGGCACUGACUGGCUACAUCGACAAGAUCCGUAGUGCCCAGUUGUCAAAUGCAAACUUUUCCAAGGCAGCCAAGGACUUCAAUGAGUGGUUCGGCGAUGCUAAGAUCGAGUUCCAAGAACUGGCCCGCAUGGGAUCGCCUGGAUCUUCUUCGGCCACAGCUCAGCAACUGCAGACUGUUAAGAACUACAUCAAGACCUUCGAUAAUGGCCAGGUUCUGCUGAACAACGCCGUGGAUAUUGGUGAAGCCCUCUAUCCGGUGGUUUCCCCUGAGAAUCGCGAACGUAUCCGUUCUGAUCUGCGCCAAAUGCGCGAGAAGUUUGACUAUCUGCGCGAUGAGGCCAAUGCAUUCAUGCAACAGGUUGAGGGUGUUUUGAUUCAGAAGACUUCCAUCGAAGAAAGCUACACUCAGGUUUCGCACUACCUCAACGAAUCGAAGGCAAAGGUUCCCGCCGGUGACGAAUUGUACCCAACUUUGGCCACCAAAAAGGCUGCUCUUCAGAACUACAAGACCCAGCUGCAGGAGAUUACCCUCCACAAGAAUGCUCUGAAGCAAUUGCACGACAAGGCUGUGACCCUGUGUGAUGAUGAGUCGGAAAGGAAAACCGAAGAGUCCAUCCAAGAGUAUAACACACUCUCCAAGAAAAUUUCCGAUAGGAUUACAACCGUGGGCAAUCAUGUGGUUAAGCAUGAGGCUUACGAUCAGGUUCUAGAAAAAGCCCAAGAUUGGCUUAAUACCAUUAAAUCCGAAGCCAUUGACAUUCUCAACGAGACAACAUUCGAGAAGGAGGGCGCCGAGGAGAAACUGUUAGUUGUGGAAAAUCUAUUGCAACACAAACCAGAGGGUGACUCCAUUUUCGACACCUGUCACAAGUUAUUGGAAACGGUGCUCACUCAAACCCAUCCCAAUGGUCAUCCAGCCCUGCUCAAGGGUUUCGAGGAACCGAAGCAAUCUUGGGAGGACUUCAUGACUCUGUGUCAGGAUUCGUUGGUAAAACUGAAGCAACUCUGCUCGAAAUGGGAUGAGUUUGACACGAUUAUUGAAGAGCUGGACAACUGGAUGAAGAAUGUCGAGGCGGUGGUCAAGAACCAGAACCUAAAGAGCACAGCCGAAGCCAAAAAGGCUCAUUUGAAGCAGCUACAGGACAUCGCCAAGGAUAUUGAACGUCGUGGUUCGGCUAUCAAUGAGCUAAUGGAUCAAGGUCGUGAGAUUGAAGGUGAAACCGAUUUGAACCUUAAGUUGUCUCGCCUGAAUACUCGUUAUCAGACCCUGAAAAAUCUAUGCAAGGAAUCGAUUGCGAAGUAUGUGAACUAUGUGAAGGAUCACGAAAGCUUCGAUAACGAUUUCGAUGCCUUCAAGCAGAGUCUUCAGUCGUCGGUCGAUGAAUUAGCUAAGACCAAUGAAAUUGUCGGAGAUCAAAGCGUGCUCCAGGAUCAGCAGAAUAAACUGCGUGAGAUGUCCGACAAGCGUAUUUCGGAUUCCACACUCUUCGAGGGUCUCAUCGACCGUGGCGAGAAGCUUUAUGGUCACACCAGUCCGGAAGGCCGUGAAAUCAUCCGUCAGCAAUUGCGUUCUCUGCGCACUCUGUGGGACAACUACACCGAUGACUUGAACUCGGCCACGCAAAAGAUUGAUCAGUGUCUGCUGCAGUUCAAUGAGUUUAGCAUUGCCCAGGAUCAGCUUACCAAGUGGCUGAAGGAUGUGGACAAGGCCAUGCAGAGUCACACCGAACCGAAAACGACGCUGCAGGAGAAGCGAGCUCAACUGCAGAACCACAAGCUGCUUCACCAGGAAAUCACCACGCACAAUGUUCUUGUCGAUAAUGUCUGCGACAAGGCACAGAUACUGGUGGACCAGAUCAAGGAUAACUCGUUGAAUGUUUACCUGGCCUCGAUCAAGCAACUUUUCCAGAGCAUUGUCCAAAAGUCCGAUGAGAUCCUGCACAAUCUGGAGAAUUGCGUGCAGAAGCAUAAUGAGCUUAACAAUGCCCUUUCUUCGGCUAAGACAUGGAUCUCGAAUGAGAAGGCCAAGUUGCUGGAGUGCGACGAUGCCUAUGGCGAGAAGGCGGACAUUAAGCGCAAGAUCGAAACUUUGGGACAGUUGGCUCAGAAUAAACCACAGGCCAUGAAGUUGAUCAGCGACAUACGUGAUCUGUUUGAGAAGGUAAAGGCCACGACCUCCGAAAAGGGCAACGAAGUGCUGGACAAGGAAAUCGAGGAACUGGAGACCACCAUGAAGAGUCACUUCGAUGACAUCGAGGGCAUUGAGGGCAAGCAGAAGGAUGUUCUCGCCCAGUGGGACAAAUUUGAAAAGGCGUUGGAAGAACUCACCAAGUGGUGCCGCAAUGCAGAGGCUGUUUUCCGUGAGCAGCAGCUGAAGUCCACGCUCCACGAGAAAGUGGAACAGCUGGAGAAGUACAAGAUCCAAAGGGAAUUGAUACUCCAAAAAGAGAAGGAAAUCGAUGCCUUUGGGGAUGCUGCGCAUGCCCUGCUCAACAACUGCGGAGCGGAUCGUCUGAAGACACUAACCACUCAAAUUACCAAUCGCUAUCAGCUGCUACAGGUUCUCAGCAAGGAAGUGGUUAACCGCUGGUCCAACCUGGUCGACGAUCACCAGUUCUUCCAAGACAAGUACAACGAGGUGGACUUGUGGCUGCAACCCAUUGAAAAGCAGAUGGAGAAGGUACUUUUGGAUGAACCCACCCAGAGUUCGAACAUUCUGCAAGUGCUGCUCUCUGAAAAAGAGCAAGCAGAGAGCUUAUUCGCUGCUUUGAAUGCAGCUGGAGAAAAGGCUCUGCCAGAGACCUCAACUCAGGGAAGGGAGAAGAUUCGCAAGGACCUGCGUGAUAUCCGCGAUCGUUGGGACAAACUGGACGAGGGUAUUCGCAACCUGGAGAAACGUCAGGAGGCCCAGGGUGUUCAGCUCUCUAGCUACCAGGAUAUUCUCAAUCAAACAGUUAACUGGUUGGAUCAAGUGGAGAAGCUUCUGCACAAUGAAAACCCAUCCAGCUGGACCAGCGCCCAGGAAAUCCGCUCGAAAUUGUACAAGUACAAGGCUACCAACCAGGACAUCAAUUCCCACAAACGCAUCGUUGAGGCAGUGAAUGAAAAGGCGGCCGCCCUUCUGGGCAGCGCAGCUCCUGCCAAUGCGGAUGAGAUCUCCAAGGCAGUGGCUGAGGUGAAUAAGCGUUAUGAGCAAGUGGGUCAAGACUGUGCCAAAUUGGUUGCGGAUCUUGACGAUGCCUUCGAUGUGUACCAGCAGUUCAGUGAGUUGCAGAAGGCCCAACAGGACUACCAGAAGAAUCUUUGGGAUCGCCUCACCGGUUACUCUGACUACUCGGGCAACAAAGCAGCCCUGCAAGCACGUCUUCAAAAGAUCAACGAGAUUCAGGAUGCUUUGCCGGAGGGAGUGGCCAAACUGAAAUCCCUCGAGGAUCACAUUGAGCAACAGGCCAGUAAUAUCCCCGCCCGAUCAAAGGAGGCAAUGGCCCGAGAUCUGGCAAAUUUGCAUGCUGAUUUCGAGAAAUUCGGUGCUUCUUUGAGCGACGUGAAGAGUGGUCUAGAGAAUCGUCUUCAGCAAUGGAAUGACUACGAGAUCAACUUGGAUCGCCUGAUCAAUUGGUUGGGUGAGGCGGAGAAUGCUCUGAAGAACUACAAUCUGAAAUCGUCGUUCGAAGAGAAGGAGGAUCAAUUAAAUCGCUUCCAGUCCUUGGCCCAGAACUUGCGUCAAAACGAAGCCGACUUUGACAAGAUGAAGGACGAUACCUCGGAGCUAGUGCAAAGUUCGGGUGAAACCAGGAUUGCCGUAAAUGUGCAGCAGGUUUCCUCCCGCUUCCAGUCGAUCCAGGCAACCGCCAAGGAGAUUCUCAAGAAAUGCGAGCAGGCUGUCCAGGACCAUGGCCACUUCAAUGAUAAGUACAAGCAGUGUGCGGAUUGGUUGGCUAAUGCCCAGGCCCGUUACGAUGAUUGCUGUGACUUGUCCACAGUAGCGUCUCGUGACGAUCUUCUGAAGAAACAAAUGGUUAUCCAGGAGCUUUUGGCUCAGCAACCCACUGCUACCCAGCUUCUCAAUAGUACCGUUGAGCUGGGCGAAAAGUGCUAUGGAUCCACGGCAACCGAGGGUCGCGAAGCCAUUCGCAGUCAGCUGGAUGAUCUGACAUUCGAUCAGUUGUUUGAUAACAUUGCCAUCACAGCGAGAAAGAUUCAGGAUAAAAUUGCCAAAUGGUCUGGCUUUGAUGAGAUUGCCGACAAUCUGAAGAGCUGGUUGGAUGAAACGGAGAAUUCUCUUCCAGCUGAUAUCGAGCUAAAAACCACUCUGGAUGAGAAACGCACUAAGCUGCAAACCUAUCGUGACAUCCUGAACGAUAUCAACAACCAUCAGGUGGAGGUGGGUAAUCUUCAGGAGAUCGCCGCCAAUCUGCCAGAGAAAACGGACCUUGUGGAUCAGAUACUCAAGGACAUUUCUGAUCGCUUUGGAAAGCUUCAAAAGCGUGCUCAGAACUACGUGGAACGCUAUGAGGGUAUUGUAAGUGCCCAUCAGCAAUACUCCAAGGCUGUGAUGGAUGCUCAAGAGUUUAUCGAUGCCACCCUGAAUACGGUUCACUACUGGGGCGAUCUGGAUCUGGAACAGAUCUCACUGCACACGAACCUCGAUCGCCUGAAGAAUUUGAAGGCCAGUUUGGCCGACGAAUUCCCUCGCGUUGAUCAAGUGAGGGCUUUGGGCGAGAAGGUCAUUCCGGGUACAGUGGAUGUGGGCCAGGUCAACAUCAAGUCUCAGAUCGACACCACUCAGCAGGAAUGGGAGAGUCUGCUGGCCACCAUCAGCUCGACCAUUGAAGCUAUUGAAGCGCGUCUUCAACACUGGUCGGAGUACGAGCAAUUACGCGACCAAUGUUUGGCUUGGAUUCGUGAUACGGACAAUAACCUUCACGCCAUCGACCUAAAGGAGGAUCUUCCGAAAAAGCGCGCUCAGUUGGAUGCACUAAAGGCUCUUCAAGGAGACGUGCGCGCCAAGGAAUUGGAGGUUGAUAAUGUCACGGAGAAGGCUCAAACCUUGCUGAAGGGUCCUUCCAGCACUCGUGCCUCGGGUCCCGAGCUGGUGACCAAGUACCAACAGAUCUUCCACAAGGUCAAGGAGCUCAACAACCGUUGGCAGCAGUAUGUCACGUCUCAUGAAGAUUUCGACAACGCCAUUUCCGAUUGCUCUUCUUGGAUCAAUGACAUCAAGGAGAAGUUGGAUUACUGCUCCGACAUGUCCUCUAUGAGUCCCAAAGAACUGGAUAAGAAGUUGGCCACUAUUCAAGAUGUUAUUUUGCUGAAGGACGAAGGUUCUGCCCGAGUCUUGAAGAUUCUUGAGCAGGCUCAGCAUGUGCUGGCCAACACAGCCCCCGGAGGUCAUGAAGCCAUCAAUAAGGAUCUUACCGAUCUACAGGAUCUCUGGUCAGGAAUUGCUCUGCGCAUCAUGGAUGUCAAAUCCAAUCUGGAUGACUCCAUCACUCAAUGGUCCGGUUUCCUGGAUCAAGUGCAAAAUGUUCGCAAGUUCAAUGAGUGGCUAGAUGGUUUGGUCAAGGAAUUGAGUGAGCAUCAAACUACGAUGACUGAGAAACGAGCGCAGUUAGAUCGGGUUAAGUCUACAGAGGAGAAGGUUCGCGUAGAGAAGAUCGAUGUGGAUGCCCUGAAGAUCCAAGCCAAGGAGAUGAUUGCCAGCGGUCAACAAAGUCAGGCUGCCUUCCAGGCUCAAAAGGUGCUCGAUACAUUCGAUGAACUCUUCGCCAAGACCCAGAAGCUGCUGUCAGAUCGUCAGGAUCAGUACAGGGAUCAUCGAUUGUUCAAGGAGGCCUACGAUGAUUUGGUUAGCUGGAUUGGACGCGCCCGCGAGAAGUUCCCCUCAUUGAAACAGAGCAGUUUGAGCGAUAAAUUGGCCAUCGAAAAUGCUGUCCAAGCUACGGAAGCUCUUCUCAACAAACAAGCUCAAGGUGAACUUCUGGUCGAGCACUUGGUCCACACUGGAGAAGUAGUGCUGGCCAGUACCUCAUCUCAGGGUCAGGAGAUCAUUAGGAAUGACAUUCGUGCCUUGCGCGACAGCUUCGAGGGUUUGUUCCGUGAAAUUAACCAACAGAAGGAGAACCUGGAGGUCACAAUGGUGCAGUGGCGAGCCUAUAAGGAGGAGUAUGAACGGCUGAUGGAAUGGUUGCAGCAGAUCGAUAUCCUUGUAAAGAAUCACAAGCUUAACCUUUGCCCCAAUCUUCCUGAUAAGGAGAAGCAGGUGGUUGAUAUGAAGGAAGUGAUGUCACGUCUGGAGAAAGGCAAGGAUGACAUCGAUAAAUUCAAUGCUUCGGCUGCCAGUUUGCUAAAGUCCCAUCUGGAUACCUAUGUGAACAAUCAGCUGAGGCACUUGGGUUCCGUCUAUCAAGUCCAGGUAAACCUAGCCAAGGACGUUCUCAAAAAGGUGGAGACCAACCGCGAUCAGCAUCGUGAAUACGAUGCUAAUAUGAAAUCUGCCAAGGAUUGGAUAGCCAAUGCCAAGGCCACAAUUCAGUCGGCGGGCGAGGGAGCUGGUUCCAAGGAGGCUCUGCAACGUCGCCUGGAGCAGAUCCAGGAUUUGAUUCGCAACCGUGAGUUUGGACAGAAUUUGGUUCAUACCGCCAUCAAUAAUGGCGAAAAGAUUAUCCGUAACACUCGGUCCGAUGGACGUGAUGCCAUCAAUAGCGAGAUGAAGGAACUCCAAACCGAAUGGGAUCGUCUGGUGAAGAAAAUGUCCACAGCUAAGGUUCAGUUGGAGACUAACCUCUUGCAAUGGGCGGAUUACAGCUCAAGCUACUCGCAGCUGCAGCAAUGGAUUACCGACAGGGAGGCCAAGUUGCAGCAGGCCUGUGAACAGAAGAUCGUUAAAUCCAAGAGGGGUCAACCUGGUCUCAGCAGUGGUUUGAGCGAACGUAAGGCCAAUCUCCGUCAGACGAAUAACAUUGUCCAGGACAUAGUGUCCUUUGAACCCAUGAUUCAGUCGGUUACCUCGAAGGCUUCUGUGCUGCAGCAAGGUGCCCCGGGCACUGAGAUCUCCGAUAAGUACGAGAAUCUCACCAAGCAAGCCAAGGAUCUGUAUGAAAAGCAGAAGAACACCAUCGAAAGCUAUCAGUCCUUGAUUGAUGCGGGCAAUGAGUUUGCAACCUGGCUGAGAAAUGCCAAGGAACGAUUGAGCAAGUGCUCUGAGCCCACCGGAGAUAAACAGGCUUUGGCCGAGAAGACCCACCAACUGAAGAUUCUGCAGGGUGAGCUGCCCGAAGGUGCUCAGAAACUGAAGAACGCUCUGGAGCAGGGUGAAAUUGCUUGUCGCAGUGCAGAGCCCGAGGAUUGUGAGAUCAUCGAACAGGAAGUGGCCCUUCUACAAGAGGAAUUCGAUGCGUAUAGGGAGGCCCUUAACAAGGCCAAGGAUUAUCUGGAGGUGGGCAUUGUCAAGUGGUCGGACUACCAGGAUCAGUACACCGAAGCUUUGGAGUGGUUAAGCAAGACCGAAGCCUUGGUGCAGUCCUACAACAAGUUGCAGGACAGUUUGAUCCAGAAGAAGGUGGUGCUCGAGCAAUUCCAGGGACUUCUGCAGAACCUUUUCGACUGGCAGAAGACUCUGGAUGAUCUGAACAUGAAGGCCCAGGUUCUGCUGGAGACUUGCUCCGAUACAAGGAUCAGUAAUGCCAUAAUGCAGUUGACCACCAAAUACAAUGCUCUGCUGACCCUGGCGAAGGAAGUGAUGCGUCGCCUAGAAAUGCACUACCAGGAGCAUCAGCAGCAUCACAGUCUGUAUGAGGAGUGUCAAUCGUGGAUUGAGAAGACCCGCGAGAAGCUGUCCGAGUGUGAACAAAUACCCGGAACUCUUAACGAAGUUCAAAUCAAGCUGAACACAGUGAAAAAUCUUCGCCAAGGUUUUGAAACUGGUCAGAACAAGUUGCGUUACCUUUUGGAAUUGAAGGAAAAGGUGAUUAUGAACACCGAACAAAAUGGAGCAGCCAAGAUCCAGGAAGAUACCGAACAACUUAAACAGGACUUUGACAAACUUUUGGUGGAUCUCAACGAUGUUCGCCAGAAAUUGGCCAAUCGCCUUGCCCAGCUGGAGGAGAUCUUUAAGCUCUACAAGAUCCUGGUCGAAUGGCUGGAGGAUGUGGAGCCGAGUGUCAAGGCCAGUGAUGAGUUCCUCAAUGAUUUGAGUGAAAAGCGCGCAGCAUUGGAGAAAUUCCGAGUAAUUCAGCGUGACAUCAAUGGCCACAACGAUAUUGUGGAGAAGAUUAAUCAGCGUUUGAAGGAGGAUAACAGCUUGGAUCUGAACGACUUCCAGCCGGGUCUGGGCAAGUUCGAUGAGCUGCAGUCGGUGGUGAAUAAGAUCAUCGAAUCGCUGGAGAACCAGGUGAACAGCCAUGAGAAAUACAAGCAGGCCUACAAUGAGCUGCAGGAUUGGCUGCGUCGCACUCGCAUCGAAGUUGAGCAGUGUGCCGACUGCCAUGGCGAGAAGGAUCAAGUGGAGAGCCGUCUCAAUCGAUUGGGAGAUCUGCAGUCCGCCUCGUUGGAGGGCAAAUCCCUGCUGGAAGCCUGCGAAGAGCUCAGCCAGGCGGUGAUUGCCACCAGCGGUAGCGAGGGCCAGGACAAUGUGGCCCAGGAGAUCAAGCAUCUCACCUCGGAAUGGGAAACCCUACAGGCUUUAUCCCGCGAUGCUCGCAGCAGUUUGGAAUCUUGCCUAGCCGCCUGGCAGACCUUCCUGCAGAAGUUCAACAAGAUCAACCUUUGGAUCGAAACGAUGAGCAAGCGCGUUACCAAAUCCCAGGAAGGCGAAAACAAGACCCCCGAAGAUUUGGUUAAUGCCAAGAAACUGCUUGAGGAAGUGCUGGCCGAGAAGGAUAAUGUGGAGGACUUAAAUGAUAACUGCGAACUGCUCAUGGAGCAGAGUGCCUGCACUCGCAUUCGAGAUCAGACCAUCGAAACUCAGGCCAACUACACCAAGCUCUUGACAUCCGCUCAGGGAUUGGUGGCCAAAAUCGAGAAGAAUCUAUCCGAUCACACUGAGUUCCUCAACUACAAGAAGGAAAUGGACGCCUGGAUAGAAAAGGCCCAACAGGUCCUGGACGAUUGCUCCACCGAUGGCGAUGCCGCUAUUAUUGCCCAGAAACUGGAUACCGUCAAUUCUUUGGCUUCCCGUCUGCCCGAGGGUCAGCAUUUGUUGGCUUUGGUGCAGGAUGCCUACUCGAAGGCGUCGAACAUCACGCCCGAGGAUAAGCAGGAGAAGUUGCGGGAACUGAUGACCAAGGUCCGUGAGGAUUGGGAUGCCUUGGGUCUGGCGGUCAAGCAAAAGUUGAGCGAUCUUAAGCAGGCACAAAAUCGUUGGAACGACUUUGCUGCCAACAAGGAUAAGCUUGAGAAGUGGCUGAAUGAAACGGAGAAGACUCUGAAGGUGGCACCCGAGACCAAGGGUGAACUAAGCGAAAUGAAGACUCUGCUGGAGCGCUACAAGACUCUUUCGAAUGAACUGAAACAGAAGGGAAGCGAACUGGAGCAAUUGCAGUCGGAGGCUCGUAAUUUGGGUACCGAAGUGGAUGCAGUGAAUCGCUUGCAAUCCCGAUGCGAUAAGCUCAAGAACGAUUGCUCCGCUCACAUUGCUCUGCUGGAACAGGAGAUGUUCGACUAUAAUGCCUACCACCAGAGCCUCCAGGAUGUUGAGAAGUGGCUGCUGCAGAUCUCCUUCCAGCUGAUGGCCCACAACUCGCUGUUCAUCUCGAAUCGCGAACAAACCCAGGAGCAGAUCAAACAGCACGAGGCCUUGUUGGGUGAAAUUCAAAAGUAUCAGACCAAUUUGGAUGACCUGAAUGCCAAGGGUCAGGCGCAGAUUAAGCGCUACGAGACCUCAACUCCGGCCAUUCGUCCCACAGUCGAGUCUCAGCUGAAGAAUAUCCAGGACAGCUAUAACUCGCUGCUGCAAACCUCGGUGCAGAUCAAGAACCGCCUGCUCGAAUCGCUGGCCAAGUUCCAAGAGUACGAGGACACUUUGGAUAGCAUUAUGCGUAAUCUGGAGACAUAUGAGCCGAUUAUUCAGACCGAACUUGAUGCCCCGGCUACCAGUCUGGAAUUGGCCCAAAAUCAACUGAGAUGUGCCCAGGAAAUGCAGAAUAAACUGAACAACGAAAAGUCCCGACUGGCAGCUGCCGUUCAGGCUUGUGAGGCAGCCACUGCCUCAAUAAGUCGUCCCAGUUCUCCGCUGGAAACCGCCAUGCAGGCCAUCCCCGAAAGGGAACUUAUCGUGCGCGCCAAGCUCGAAGAUCUGCUGGAUCAGAAACCGCCUCCAAAGACUCGGAGCUCAACUGAAGAUGUCAACAGAGAUGAUGAUGAUGAAGACGAGGAUGAUGUUGAGAUUCAGGUUGAGCUCAGCGAUGUGAAUGAGGCGCUUUUGGAUCCGAUUGCCCACGAGCGUGUCAGCAACUAUCGUCGCAUAGUUCGUCUGAAUAGCGCCCAUGUGGGCAAGCUGAAUGAAUUAGUUGCUAAGGUGCAAUCCCACUUGGGUGGUUUGACUGCAUCCGUUAGCGAACUGGAGCAACAGCAGAAGCAGCGCGCCGAGCUGCAGGAUUGGGUGAAGAAGCAGCAGAGCUCUGUCUCGGAUUGGACGAUGCGUCCAUGCAAACUCCGUCCAGAGGCUGCUCAACAGGAGCUGGUGUCCAUGAACGAUUUGUUGAACUCCAUCGGUGACAAGCGAUCGCAAUUGAUGCUGGAAAUGACAGGAUCAUUGGGCGAUGAAGACACCGAUCUGGAUGACAACAUCGAUAAGCUCGAGUCGGAGCUCAUGGAUGCCAUUGCCAAGAAGCAGGCUGGCCAGAAUGUAAUUGAUGGCUAUCGCCAGGGAAUGGCUGAUGUCCAAAACUGGUUCGAUACCCUGAUCAAGCGCAUGGACGUUCUGGAUCGCGGUUCUGGUCUGAAUUGUGCCCAGAAAACGGCGGCCAUUAAUGAGAUCAAGAACGAAUACGAGCUGCAGGGUCACCCCAAGAUUCAGGAACUUAAGGGCAAGGCUGCGCAGGUGGCGGAGGUCAUUAGCAAUCUGGAUGGUCAGCAGGUGGAAGAACAAAUGAAGUCACUGGAUCGUCGCUUUGCCGAUCUUGGCAAGCGCAUCGAUCGCAAGGCCCAACUUCUGGACGUGACCAACAAGGGAGUGGAGGGAGCCAAGGGCGAGAUUGAUCAGCUCCAGAAUUGGGUGAAGCAGCAGAUCGAGGAGUUGCAGGCGCCCACUCCUCUGGGCUACACACCCAAGGAUGCCGAGGCCAGGCAGCAGAAGAUCAAGAGCCUGAUGAAGGAUGCCGAGGCCAAGCAAUCGCUGGCCGAUGUCCUGGAGAAGCGAGUGGCCAAUAUGCAACAGGAGUUGGAGCCCGUUGAAUACUCCCAGCUGGAGUCCGCAUUGCGUAAUCUCAACUCGGAGAAUCGCAAUCUAUCCGGAGUCCUCAAGGCUGAAUUGGAUCGUGCUCUGGAGGCCAGCAAGGCUCGCAAAUCCCUGGAGAACGAUCUGGACAAGGCGCGCCAGUGGUUGAAGACCAAAAUCUCCGAGGUGCGUAAGCUGCCCGUGUAUCACCCACUUACCUCCACUGAGAUCGAGAAGAAGAUCCAGGAGAACCGGAAAUACGAUGAUGAUGCCAAGCAGUUUAACGAUAGCGUUUUGACCGACGUUCAGCGACAGGCUGCCAACAUAAUGAAGGAUUGCGAUGACGCGGAUAAGGCUGCACUGCAGCAGAUCCUGGAUGAAAUCGCCGCCGAUUAUCAGACCCUAAAAGAUGAAAGCAGCAAGAGAGGCAAGUCCCUGGAUGAUCUGCUGCAGGGUCGCAAGGCUUUCGAGGAUUCGAUGAAGAACAUGGGCGAUUGGCUGAACGAAAUGGAAACCGCCACUGAGGGUGAGUUGCGUACCACUAGUCUGCCCGUUUUGGAGGAGCAGUUGGCACACUAUAAGAAACUCCUCAAUGAUGCCGAGAAUAAGGGAGGUCUUAUUAAUGACGUGUCUGAGCAGGGAAAGAGCAUCCUGCCCACUUUGAGCAAUGCCGAUAAGCUGAAACUCAACGACGAUAUCAAGAACAUGAAGGAUCGUUAUGGCAGGAUCAAGAAUACCAUCGAUGAUCGCGUGAAUGCCCUGGGUGAUCACAUCAAGAAGUACAAGGAUGCCAAGAGCAGGCUGGCCGAUUGCAGUCAAUUCCUGGGCACCAUUCAGCAGAAGCUCAGGGAACUCAAUCGCCCGAUUGGCUCGAGGAUUGAGGAUGUUCAGGAUUUGUUGGGCGCCUAUGAGGGAAUACUCAAGGAACUCAAGGACAGCAAGAGCAAGAUGGGCGACAUGCAAAUGGACGAUUUGCCCGAGCUGCAGAGCAUUUUGGCCCAGCAAGAUGAUAUGAUUAAGCUGAUCGAAGAUCAAUUGGCCCAUCUGCGCCAGCUACUCAUGCUCCGCGAACAGUUUAUCGCUUUGAUUAACGAGAUUAUUGCCUUUAUCAUGAAGUACACCGAUGUUAUCAUUGAUAUUGAAAACUCACCGGAUAGUCUGGAGGAUAAGAUCAACAAGUACGAUGAUGUCAUCGUGAAGAUUCAGGAGUGCGAGGGUGUUUUGGCCUCGGCCAAUGACAAGGGCCAAAAGAUUGCCUCCGAGGGCAAUGCUGCCGAUAAGAAUAGCAUUACGGAGCAACUGCAAUCGCUGAAGAACCAACUGCAGAAUCUUCGCAAGGCCGUGGAGUCGCAGCGCCAAAAGCAUCAGCUGCAGCUGGAGUCCCACAAGAAGAUGGGAGCCGAGCUGAGUGAAAUCCUCGAUUGGCUGCACAGUCAUGAGGGAGCAGCUAAGUCGCGUCCCCUGUUGGAUCGGGAUCCCGAAUCCGUUGAAAGGGAGCUGCAGAAACACCAGGCGCUCAGCCAGGACAUUGAAUCAUAUCUGGAUAAAUUCAAUAAAAUCAAUAAUGGUGUUAAAACCGAAAUUGGCAUGCCCAGUUCCCUGUUGGAAAUGCUUUCCGAGGGCAGAUCCUUGGUGGCUUCCCUGCCCCAUGAACUCGAGGAGCGUGAAAAGUAUCUGAAGAACAACCGCGACUCUCGUUUGGAGUACAUGCAGUUGGUGGCCAAGUUCAAUGAUUGGGUCCACGAAGCCGAGUUGCGGCUGCAGAACAGCCAGCAUGGCAUCGACUAUGAGCAUCUCGUUCAGGAUUUGGAUGAACACAAGAUCUUCUUCGGCAACGAGGCUCCCAUUCGCAAUCUGGUGCACAAGCAGAUCCAAGAGGCUGCGGAUAAGAUUUGGUCCUCGCUGAACAACUACGAGCAAUCGGAACUUUCGGCCGAGUUGGCUCAGUUCCAAACCAAGUUGACCAAUACUUUGGCCAAUGCCAAGACCCAGCAGAGCGAGUUGGAGAAGGAGGCGGAACGCUGGCGGGAAUAUCAGCAGUCCAUCGAUCGCGUCAAGGCCACCAUCGAACGUACCAAAUUCAGCGAUGAGCCUGUCCAGAAUUUGGCCGGUCUUCACUUCAACAUCCAGAAGCUGUCCCACGCCAUCGGCAAUGUUCAGAGCCAAAAUAGCGAUUUAGCGCUAGUCAACCAGCAGGCCCAAUCGCUAAUCCGUCAGGCCGACGCCCGAAAUCGCCAGCUGAUCGAACAGGAUAACGCCGGUUUGAAUAGAUCUUGGCAGGAUCUGGUACGCAGCUUGGAGCAGCGCCGGGACAACCUGCAACAGUUGGCCGAACAUUGGGACGGCUUCGAAAAUAGCCUGCACGCCUGGGAGAAGGCAAUUGGUCGACUGGAGGACAAGUUCCGCAAUGUCGAUCCGACUGUAAGAUCCCGACGUCAUUUGGAAGAUACGAAGAAUGCCAUUCAGGAACUACGUGAAGAAUCAAAUCAACUUAAAUCAUCACAUAAAGAAAUCGAGGCGCUCUCUAAAUCCAUCCUCACAUUCCUUGGGGAAGUACACAAACCCUCGGCGGAGGCCAUACAGGCCAAAGUGGAUAAGUUAGUUGAACAGCAGGCCAAAUUGAACGACACUCUGCGCGAUAAGGAGCAACAGGUUAGCAAGGAUCUCGAGGAGAUCGAGCAAGUCUUCCGUCGCAUCUCGCAGCUGCAGGACAAGCUAAACGCGCUACAGGAUCAACUCCAAUCGGUUCACGUCUACGACGAGCAUAUCUCCCAAACCGAACAGCUUCUGAUCACUUUAAAUAGCCAGGUGCAGCAGGCCGCCGAGGAGAGCAAAUCGCUGGUGGCCCAGACAACGGCCCACUAUCAGGCCAAACAGAAUCAGCUGCCCAGCGACAUUGCCCAGGAGUUCACCGCACUCGAGCUACUCGCCGAACGUGUCCAGGUGACAAUGGAGACCAAAGAGAAGGAUUUCAAGCGCGCGAAGACCGUUCGCACCGAGUAUGUGGCCGGUGUGGAUGAGAUUCAGCGCUGGCUGCUCUCGGCCGAGGUGCAGGUGCAGGAACGAAGCCUCACACCGACACAGAUGAAGGAGCUGCUGCAGCGCAUCAAUCACGAGAUCACCGCCAUCUACGAACGCUUCACCCUGGUCAAGACCAACGGUCAGCUGAUCAUCGAGAAUUGUCGCAACAGCGAGGAGAAGACGCUGGUGCAGACGACCAUCGAUCAGUUGGCCGCAUCGCUGGCCCAAGUUCGUGGCUGGCUGGAUGAGAAGAAGCAGGCGGUGGGCGAUAGUCUGGAUGCAUGGACGAGGUUCAUGAAUCUCUACCAGAUCGUGAUGUCGUGGGCGGCGGAGAAGCGAACCUUCAUCGAUCAAACGAUUGAGCUGCGCACCCUGCCCGAGGCACGAAACAAACUGAACGACUAUGUGACGGCUGUGAAGAGUAUUAAACCGAUUGUGAAGCAUCUGAGCGAAAUGGACAAGGAACUGGAGCACAUUGGCCAGGUGACGACUGUGGGCGAUCUCAAGGACAAACUGCAGGAGGCCGAGGAUGCGAAGAUAUCCGUGGAAGCGGUGCUGCUAGAGAGGAACUCCCUGCUGCAAGAGGCCUGCGAGGAAUGGGACCAAUGUGAACGCAAGAUUAAGGAUAUACGCUCUUGGCACGAGAAGACGAAGCAGAGCCUGGACUCCUCGCAGCAGCAGAAGAAACCGCUGCGCGAUCAGCUCGGCUUCUGUGAGAAGACCCUGGCCGAUAUUAAUGUGCAGAAAACGAAAUUGCGUCUGUCUAUUGAGAAACUGGAGGUUCAUUUCCGCAACGGCAUGGGCGGUGAUCCGCGCCUGAGCGAGAAUGUCGAUGAUCUGGUGCGCGUGCUCGACGGCCUGGGCGAACUGGUCAAGGCCAAGUCGCAGAGCCUCGAGCAGACGCUGGCCCAGAUCGAUGUUUACCAGCAGCAGAUGCAGACCCUGCGCCAGCGCAUCAUCCAGGAGGAGCAGCAGCUCCGCCUGGUGAUGGCGCCCACGUACUUGCCGCACGAUCGCGAGCGCGCAUUAGCCGAGCAACAGGAACUAAUUACGCAAGAACUCGACGAACUGCUCCAAUCGCUUUCGAGCGUCGAGGAUGGCAUCGCCAAUAUGAACCAGAGCAGCCUGGAGGGCAUGCUACAGGGAUUGAAGCUAAUCCAAAGCAAUCUCGAAGUACAUGAAAGGGACGCCAUCGAGCUGAAGGCCCAGGCGAAGAAGUUACCCACGGAUCCGGCAACUGAACGUUUGCUCAACGAGACCGUGGAUCGCAUUGAUUUGCUACUCCGCCGCACUCAGCAAGGCAUUACCAUGAUAGCGAAUGCUAUGCAUGGCCAGAAGAAGCGUCAGCAGGAGAUUGACGAGUACCAGCAGCAUCUGCUGGAACUGGAGCGCUGGAUCAUCGAGGUUUCCGCGGAAUUGGCCUCCUUCGAAACGACUUCGGAUAGCAGCACGGAUGAGCAGGUGCUCAAGUCGCAGGUGGAGAGGAGCCAGCAGCUGCUGCGCACCCUCAAGGAUCGCCAGCAGUCCAUGGAGGAUCUGGUGGAUCAGACGCGUCACCUGCAAUCCCAGCCCGAUGUUGCUCCCUUGGCCGACACUUUAAUGGAGCAGCUGCAGAGCAUCAUCACCAUUCUGCGGGAACAGGUCACAGUGGCUACCAAGCGCAUCUUUACCAUUGAGAAGCGCAUCGUGGAUUUGCGGAAGGCCAAGAGCGAGGAGGCGCAACGACAGCGUGUGCUAGCCGAUUCACUCAUCAAGCCACCAACUGAAGUUCCAGCCACCCCGGAGGCCGCUCACGAAUCCAUCGAGUCCAACGAGAACACCAUCGAUUCCAGUUCCAUGCCCGAGGAGGAGAUCAAGCCAACUGGCGUCUAUGUGGAGACACAGACAUCGCUUAGCCUGCAGCAGCAGCCCCCAGUUCAGGUGGUGACCACCACCACUGUGGAGGCGCAGACCAGCUUUAAGGAGCCAGCAGCUGUGGAAACCGUUGAGGUGGCUCUCCAAACCCAAAAGGAGCGCUCGCCCACCGAGAACAUAAUGGUUACCCAGACGAUCCAACGCGGCCAGGAGACCAUCCAGAUCGACACCACUCGCAACAAGGAUGUGCCUGAUGAGCCCGAAGAUGUCCAGAUUGAGGCUCGCUAUCAUCAGCGACCCCAGGGCGAUGUGGAUCGCGCCACUGAGCUGAUCCUAAAGAAUGUACCUCAGGCAUUUGAAACAACUUUCGUGGAGCCCGAUGAGACGACCACCGAAGUGAUUGUGGGACCCGAUGGCACCAAGCAUAUUGUGCUGAAGAAGGUCACCCGAACCCGCCAACAGAUUGUGCAGCAGCAGCAGAUCAGCUCCAUUGAGACAAUCAGCGAUUCGGAUGGCAACAUCGAGGUGCACUCCACGGGUCAGAUUAACCUGGAAAAUGUCCACACCACGGACACUAAGGCUGAUCCAGAGGAGGGCAGUGUCCACACCGUAAUCACGCAGCAAACACGUGGUGCCGUUGUGGAUUCAUCCCAGCCCGAGGGUGUGAUCCUGCAGGAGUUCGAAACCGAACCCACAAUUGAGACGUACGAGGAAGUGAUUGCCCCAGGAUCCCAGGCGCAACUGAUUCCCAUGCAACCCGGCGAUGUUCAAACCCAAGGCACAAUUCGAGCUGUAGUGCAGCAGGUUACCCGUAAGGUCAUCCGUAAAACGCGCAAGAUCAUUAAGCGCGUGGUUAUCAUCGACGGCAAGGAGCACAUCACCGAGGAAGUGGUCGAGGAGCCAGAGGAGAUCGAGAUCACCGAGGAGGAGACAGCCCCGCAUAUUAACGUGAAUAUUGUGCGAACUGUGGACGGCAGGGUGGUAAGCGAGGAGGAGUUCCAGCGAUUGAUGCAGGAGCCCGGCGUUCUUAUCGAAGAAGUUGCCACGGAUCUGUGCAAGCCAACAGCAGAACCGCAGCAACAGGUAUUUGAUAUUGAGUCUACCCAAGUCACCACCACCACAAGAACAGCAACCGCAACCACACAUGAACAAGAACAAGAACAGCCAGAACAACAGACACCACAACAAACGACUAAAGAAGCACCUGUAGAGUUGCCAGCACCUGAAGUAGAUGUUGAACAACCCGUAGAAGUUGCCACUACCAGUCCCGUUCAUGUUCCAACAGCGGAUGUAGCUGAACCCAAAGACUCCUCAGAACCAGCCAUUGUAGAUGUCGCAACAGUGGUCGAAGAUAUCAACGAAAUUUGGCCACUGGAACAUCAUCUCAAACCCACCAACAUUGACUUCUCCCAGCACGUCGAAGAAUUGGCACCACCACUAGCAGAGACUGAAGCCUCGAUGCCAGUAGAGGAAAUUUGGCCGACCAGCCCAGAAACUGGCAACUCACUGACCCUGGAGCACUACGAAUUCGAGCCACAAUCACCUCGUGAAGAGAGCACAAAAUCGGAUGAAGUUAAGCCUCAAGAGACUGAACCGGAAUCUGCAGCUGAGAUUAAGCCAGAGCCCAUUACCACCGGAAGUAUUACCAUUACCAAGACUACAACCACCAUCACAAGCUCUACGGAACUGCCAAGGGAAACUAUCGUGGAGGACUUACCUGGAGAUAAAGCACCGCUUUCUGAAUCGAAGACCAAGAGUGACAUUCAGAGUUUCCUUGAAGCCGAACAGACUCUAUCCGCAGCUCUAAAGGAACAAUCUUCAACGCCGACUGUAACUUCAAUUGUUGAAACUGUGCAGCCUGCGGAAAUUGUACUUGAUGAGAGGACUGUGGAUAUCACCACCAUCAAGACUGAAGAAAAACAAGAAGAGCCUGUUCCACUGGCGGAGCUUAAACCAUUGCCUGUAGAAGAACCGGAACAAGUACAGCCCGAAGUGGCAGCCCUUGAGAUCAUUGAGAAGACUGAACAAAAGCCAGAAGAGCCGGAAAAACAAGCAGCUCCUGCUCAAAUCGAUCUGCGUUCUGCCACCCAACUGUUCAUCUCUGGAGAGGCUGCGGCUUCUACAGCACCACAAAAAACCUUCCAAAUCACCGCUCCCUCCCUGGAGGACAAUGGCGCUGGUGUGCUGAAGGUUGUGCUGGGCAAGGAAAGCACCACCGAGGAGGAUAACACUGCACCAACCACCGGCAAGGUUAGCAUGACCAUCAUUGAGACUGCCGCUGCUCCCGUCGCCGACGCCAAGCGGCGUCGAAAGAAAAAGAAGAGAAGAGAUACGAAGCACGAGGAGGAGGUCGAGCAAGAACAAGAACCAGAGACUGAGCCGGAGGUAGUGGCACUGCCCGUUAAGGAGCCUGAGUUGGACUCGGAUCUGCCCGUUUCUCCGGAGGAUUCACCGCGUGAUACCGUGCGUCAUGAGUCCAUUGUUGAGAUCAGUCCCGACAGCGAUUUGUCCAGCAUUGAGAUUGACUCAAAGGUCAAGGUGGUGGAAGAUGCCGUCGUCUCUUCGCCCUCGGAAUCCCCAAGGACGCCAAUGGUUGAGCUGGUUAUUCCCACCGAGGUUGUGGAGCUGGCAUUGGUGGAGGAUGAGGAACAGCAGACCACACCGCGCGUUCCCUCGCCCACUGAAGAAUCCGAAGUCGAGCAGGAUCUUAAGUCUGUGCAGACUUCGCCGCAGCAUCAACCCACACUGGAUGAGACGGCAGUGCAGACGAGUCUGGAAGUGCAGCCCGAAAACCAGGAGAAUGAAUCGCAAACCUUGAUUGUGGAGAUCACAGAGACUGAGGCACAAACCACUCCCCGCAGCGAAGAGAAGCCAGUGGCAGUGGAGAUAUCCACAACCGAGAUUCAAACGGAUGUCAGUGGCCAGCCAGCCGAAACUGUGGAGAUUUCAAGCCAAACCACAGUGACUACCACCAUUGAGAAGGAACUGCAGACCACGCCGAAGGAUUCGCCUCGCGCCCCCGAGCCAGACAGCAGUGAUGUGGUGGAAUCUCUGGUCCAGGAUUUGGUCAAGGAUAUGACCACCGAUCUGCCAGUGCGAACCAGCGAACAAUCGACCGUAACUGAAACCACCACAACCACUGAGACCCAUGUGCAGACAACCACUCCGGAGCCAAAGGAACAGGCUGAAUUUGUCAAACCGGAAACUGUUCAUGAGGAGACCUCAACGGUGGAACUGGUGCAAGUCGCCGAUGGUGAGGCGCAAACUACGCCUCUUGGAGAUCAGCAGCAACCCGCUUCCCUGGAUGACACAUCUCUGACUGCCACUUCGAUAUCCGUUUCGGAACCGUACGAACUGGAGGUCAAGACGACAGUGGCCAUUCCCGCCGAUUCUGAUACAUCUGUGGCCGAGCCGACGGUCUAUGAAUACACACAGACCAUGCAACUGCCCAAGCAGGACAAAAAGUCCAAGAAGGACAAGAAAAAGAAGCAAAAGAAUGAGCCUCAAUUGGAGCAGCAGCUGCCGGAGGAGCCGCAGAUCAGUGUGACGGUUGAAAUUGCACCCGAGUUGCUUUCAGAAUCAGGUAUUGUGGUAUCCACCAACCAGCAGAUCGAAGAAGUGCCUCAUGUGACACCCGUCGUGGAAACUCCCAUUGAACCCGAAGAGGAAGGAACACCCAGAGCACAGAGAGUGCAACUCCAGAUCACCAAGACCACUGUCUACGAUGAGUAUCCCGAUCUGCCGGUGCACAUCACCGAGCAGAAUAAGGUGCUAAUCGCAUCCCAGCAGAGUAAGCGAUCCGGAGCAGGACCCACAUCCUCGGCGGUAACGAUCGAAGAGGUCGGUUCACCCACGGAGGAGCUGGUGGUGCCCAUCACCCCGGGACCGGACAACCUAAGUGGCGAGCCCCAGAACAUUUGGUUCAGUGCCACCACCAGUGUGGAUAAGACACCCAUUGAGCUCUCGCAGGCUUUGAUUAUGAGCGAGAGUUUGCAGCACUAUCCAGGACAACAGCAACCAAUCCUAAUCUCCACCAAGGAAGCCAUUGGCGACCGCAUCAAGCAGCUCAAGCAGGCAUCGCCCCAACAAGCCACUCCCCUGAGCAAUGUGCUCCAUUUGGCCACUCUAUCUGAACAGAUUAAGGAGCUGCCCACGGAGCAGCGUCUAUUGGAGGUGAAUGAGGGGCUCCAGGAUCUUGAUGCUGCCAUUAAGAAUGGUGACAAGACGGUGAUUCAAACCACUGUGAUCACGGUGAUUGAGAAGGUCUCCACAUGGUUGGAAACCAUCGAGUAUCGCGUGUACCUCAUCCGUCAGAACUCCAAUGAAGGACCCUCGGAGGAGAAGUUGGACAACUAUAACCAACUCAACGAAGAGCUGAGCACCAUUAAGCAGAACGUGGGCAAACUGGAGCGACAAUUGUCCAAGGCUGAGCCGGAACUACAGCAAUGUGUGGAUUCGCUCAAGGAGCACGUGGAAGCCGUGGAGCAGGUGACGCAACAGAAUCAAGUCCAGGAUAGCAAUGAUCUGGACAAGUGGCACAGCUUCGAGGUUCUCUUGUACAACGUGUCCUCGGUUUUGGCCCAACUCCAGCAGAGCUACGAUCUUCUGAUCAAUCAGGAGUAUCCCCUGUCCGCCAAGCUCGCCCAGCUGGAUGAUUUGGAGCAGCAACAUGAGGCCGCGCAGCAGCAACUUGCGCAGCUUUGUCAGAAUGCCCGAGCCUUCCAGCGUGACUUCCCGGGCAAAAAGAUGCCGCAGGAUGUGCACAAUGCCUUCGAGACGAGCAAGAAUAUCGGCAACAAUAUCCAGGCAGAGCGUGAGCGGGUCCUUCAACUGCAAUCCCUGGCGGAGGAGUACGAACAGACCCUCAAGGAGUUCACCAAAAUCACUGUUCUGGCCGACAAGCUAGUUGAGAGCCCCAUUGUUUCCAGUUCCCUCGAACAGCUGAACAACGAGGUGCAGAAGCAGCGGAAGUUCUUUGUGAAUCUCAGCCAUUGUCGUGCCAUUUUGGAGUCCCUGGAGGAGAAUAUCGAUAGUGAGACGCGGGAGAAGCACUCCGAGUUGCACAAGGAGCUCUACAACAGGGCCACCAGUCUGCUGGACAAGGCCUCCGAAAGGUCUUCCAAACUGGUGCAGGCUGCCUCCCGCUGGACUGUUUUAGAGAAGGGAAUGCGAGAUGAAUUGCAGUGGCUGCAGGUAGCUCAACAGAGAGUCCCCGAUCUCUCAGCCGUCACAUCCGCCGACUAUGAUCAGUAUACCACCCUCUAUCAAUCGCUGAGCAAUGAUAUCUCACAUCACUACGUCAAGAUGACGCAGCUUUCGGGAAUAGCCAACAAGUUGCAGCUCCUCGUGCAGGCCCCCAAUCUCGUAGAGGAAACGAAUGAGGCUCUGAUAGUGCUACUCAAACUUCGCGAGGAGGUGGCUUUGUACCUGCAUCGCCUGUUGGUCUUCAAGGAAAUCUGGGUGCAGUACGAACAGCAAACGGACAAACUAGAGGCCUUUGUAAGGGAAGCGGAGCAAGAGCUAAGGAACAUUCAGAUACCAUCGCAACCCACCCAACAGCCCAUCGAGCAUAUGCGUCAAUUCUGGGAGAUUAAGGCCCGUUUUGAGCUGCACAACAAUGUGCGUACCGAUACGGCGGUGAGUUUCGAGAAAUCCCUGCAGGUCAUCCCACUGGCCGAUGAGAUGCUCCAGCGGCAGUUCCAUGCCCAACUGGAGGAUCGCUGGCAGGCCGUCGCCCAGGCCAUCGAACUCAUUCAGCACAAUAUUGUCGAAUGCCUGUCGUCGGAGGAUGUGCCUGCGGAUGAGAAACUCAAAAUGGUGGAGCGAGAGCUGCAGGAGAUCUACCUGACCAUGACCAGCAUGAAGGGUGUGAUCAAGAACGAAGAGGAGCUCUGUUUGUAUAUUGAGCGGGUUCAAGUCCUCCGCACCCGUGUGGGUUUCAUUGGCAACGAACUUGGACGGAUUGGACUGCAACAGCCCGCCAUUGAGCCGGAAAAAGUGGGCGAACUGUUUGCCCUCUCGCACAAGAUCAGCACCCAGAUAGCCGAGGAGCUGGAAGGAGCAUCUGUGCUGCGUGACCAACUGCAGGCCAUCCAGGAGGGUAUCAGUAAUCAACGCAAACACCAGGCCAAGAUCUCGGUGAUCCUGGAUGAAUGUGAAGCGGCCGAAAGGCAGGGAGCCGAUGUUCUCGAAAAAGCCGUGGCCGAUUGCCAAGGCGCCGGUGAGGAACUGGUGACCAGCUGGCAGGAGAUCAUGCGCAUCCGCCAGAUGCUCCACACCCUGCCCAUGCGACUGAAGAUGUCUGUUUCGCCUGUGAAGUUGGAGCGGGAUAUCUCCCAGCUGCAGGACGACCACGCCUUCUUGGAAAGCAAGUGCACCAAUAUUAUGGGCAUCCUGCGAAACCGACUGGCCGUCUGGCUGCGUUACGAGCGCCAACUGGAGCUGGUCCAUGGAUCCGUCCAGGAAACCGACUUCAUGAUGGAACUAAUCCGGGUCCACGGUCAAGUGGACUACGAGCGCCUGCGCAAAGCCACAGAGCGUCUGGAGGGACUCGCCGGCGAUCUUCACAACCGCGAACAACUGAUCGAUGAGCUGAAGGGUGCCGCUAAACCUCUGAUCGAGAGCUGCGAUGUCCAGAUUGUCGAGCAGAUCGAAUCCGCCGUCCAGGAGGCGGUAGUCGCCUGGAAUGACACCAGCGAGAAUCUGCAGCAACUGCGAACGCGAUACCAAAGAGCCGUCGAAUUGUGGGACAAGUACCGCAACGCCUCCGCGGCCGUCAAGAGCUCCAUUGACCAGCAAAUGGACACGGUCAAGUCCCUGGAGCAGCCCCUGGAUACGCUGCAACAUGCCAAGGUAUGCCAAGACAACCUGACGACCCAGAAUGAUAGAAUCUUGGAACUGCGCGACAUUGUGGCCAAGAUCGCCGCCGAUGUGGGCCUGGAUGCCUCGGCCCUGAUGCAGGGCGAGUUGGAUGCACUGGGUCAGCGGCUGGCGGAGUGCAAGGAUGCCAUUACCACGCUGGCCAAUGUGGCCGAAACGCAGGACAAGGAGCGCAAGGAGCUUGACAAGGAGGUGACACUUGCCAAGGAAUAUUUCAACAAUGUGCAGCAGGACAUUUCCCGCGAGCCACCGCAGAAUCCCAAAGAAAGCGAGGAGCAGCUGGCCGCUUUGCGAGCCCAUCUCCAAACGCUGGCCAGAACGGAGGAGCAGCUGCGUCAGCUGAAGGAACGUCAUCAGAACAACGAGGUGACACCUUCAGCUUCCCCUGCCGAUGAUGAUGGGGUUCUGGAGGUCCUAGCCCUUUGGCAGAAGAUAUUCCAGGACACCUUCCAGGAGUACCAUCGCCUGUCCACGCGACUUGCCCGCAGCCAGAACAGCUCGGAGGCCCUGCGAUUAUGGAGGCAGUACCUGCAGCACGUCCAGUCCUUCCUCUCCUGCGCCAUUCCCGAGGAUUACAGUAGUUUAAGGGAACAGCAGCAAUUGUGCGCCAUCCACCAGAACCUGCUCAUCUCGCAGCAGAGUGUCCUAUCCGAGACGCCACUUGAAUCGGAGCUUUCAGAGCAGUACAAGGCCCUCACCAAUCUGCACAAUGAAACUCUCUCGAGGAUCAUGCAGAGGAAUGGUGAACUGGAGCGUCGGGUGAGCGGCUGGAAUGCCUAUCGCCAGCAGCUGGCUGCCCUUUUGGAUUGGCUGCGUCAACGGGAGGCGGAGCGUAAUGCCCUCCAGUUGCGAUACAUUCAUCUGAAGCGAGUGCCGCACCUGAAGAACCGCCUGGAUGCGAUGAUCCAGCAGCUGGAGCAGGGAGAACAGCAGUCCAAGGCUCUGCAGGAGCAGCAGCAGGAGUUGGCCCGCCAUUGUGACGACGCCCUGGCCACCGCCAUGCGCAUGGAGCAGGCCAGCAUUGGCCAAAGGAUCAGCAAUCUGCGGGCGGCUCUCAAAACCUGGCAGGGAUUCCUGCAGCGCGUCACCCAGUUAUCAGAGACGUACGAAAAGCGGGUGAAUCAUUUGCAGCAGGAAUUCGAGGCAGCUCAAAAGCUACUGGAUGAAAAUAGUGAAUCCCUGCCCACUCAGCCGGCUGCCAUUGAGCAGCUUUUGGGUUCACUAAGAUCCCAGAGGGUCCAACUGGGUGCCCAGGUGCCCAACCUAGAGAGCUUGACAGUCACCCAGGAGGAGCUUAAAGAGUGCAUCAGUCCGCAUGACAUGAAAACCAUUCGUCAACGCAACUGGCUCCUCUGGCAGCAGCACGCCGAUCUGGACUACCAGCUAGCCAACUUGAUUAACUCCAUUGAAGAGCGUCUAUCCCUGCUGUCGAACUACCAAAUCCGCUACGAUCGCAUCUCCCAGUGGCUGCAGCGUUUGGAGCAGCGUGUGGAAAAGGAUGCGGAUGUCACUGCAAUGACGAAUCCCGAACAGGCAGCCAAGCAGCUGGAACAGCAAAUAAACUCGGAGCUGCAGCUGAGGGAUAAGGAAAGGGAGUGGCUACUAUCCACCAGCAGGGAACUACUCACCCUCUAUUCCGAGCCAGAGGUUCGUUCGCAGGUGCAACAGCAGAGCGAUGCGCUCAUCGAUCGCUGGCAGCGUCUCAAGUAUUUGUGCAAGCAAAAGGCCACCAAGAUCGGGGAGCUCAAGAUGACGCUGCUCCGUUUGGAGGAGCGCAUUGCCCUGAUCCGUGCCUGGCUUUUCGAGGUGGAAUCUCAGUUAGAUAAACCCCUGAACUUUGAGAGCUAUACCCCAAAUGUGAUCGAGGCCAAGUUAAAAGAGCACGAGCAGAUCCAGCGAUCCAUCGAGCAUCACAGCAGCAAUGUGGGUGAGGUCUUGAAUCUCGUGGAGAUGCUGCUCAACGAUGCGGACAGCUGGCGAACGCAGGUUAAUACCUCUGGUCUAGCUGCCUCUGCCCAGAAUCUGGAGCAGCGCUGGAAGAAUGUGUGCAGUCAGUCGGCGGAGCGAAAGAGCCGCAUCCUCACCAUUUGGAAUCUACUCCAGCAGCUCAUCAAACUCACAGCGGAGCACAAGAAUUGGUUGGGCAAGCAGGAGAGUCAAAUAGCGGGCUAUGAAAGGGAUCAAAAGUCGCACAGCAAGUCCAGCAAACUGGAGGAGCGGCAGAAGGAGCUCCGUUCGAAGCUGGAGGAGCUGGAAAGCCAGUCGGUUAAUCUGCGUCACCUAGAGCAGAUCUAUGCCAAGCUGACCUCGAGUGCCGGCGUCGAGCCGGAGAACAUCCAGAAGUUGACGCUGCCCACCAAGGUGAUGGUGAGCAUGUGGCGCCAACUUACGCCACGUUGUCAUGCUUUGUUGGAUGCCAUCGACAAGGAUGCCAAGCUGAUGCGGGAGUUCAACAAUGCCCAACUGGAGGCCACCAACUCGCUGAGUGCCAUACAAAAGGCCCUCGAACAGCUGCCCAGUGUGGAGGAUCAGCAGAGUUCCAAGGCGGAACCAAAGGCGGUGCUCCAGCGGCUGGAAAGUCUGGAGAAGAAGCUGCAGGAGGCCCAACAGCAUGUUCAGCAGGCGGAUAACCUGGCCCAGGAGGCCAAGACCAGGAGCAAGCAGCAGCCACAGCUGAAGCAGCUGCUCGAACUGGUUUCCGCUUACACAACCCUCUGGCAAACUGUCCAAACCCGCAUUGUGACCCUUAAAACCAGUUGGCUGACCAGGGCAGCCGCACAGGUGGCCAAUGAAGCCGCCAAUGCCGCCGUUCAGGUGAACACACUGUCGCAGCGGAAACUCCGCCAGGCCCAGCAGAUGCAGAGGGAAACCUCCAUUACCGCAAAGGAUGCCUACAUCAUGGAACUGCAGACGGCCAUUGCCGAGUGCCAGAACAAUCUGGACGAACUGCAGCGCACGGUGGUGGACAAGACCCGCAAGCCGGGACCACAGAAGAUCGCCAAGCUGCUCGGCAAUGCCCAGUCCUCCACCGAGCUGGUCAAGCAUCUCAGCCAGCUGCUGCUCACCGAGUGCCAGGCGGACCAGCAGGCCGCCCAGGUGGACACCGUGGCAGAGCUCACGUUGCGCUUCGAUACACUGCAGUCGCAGUGGAAGGCGCGACAGCAGCACGAUCAAAAUUCAAGCGAGGUCGGCCGGCUAACGUGUCCGCUCUGCACACAGCGAAACUGGCAGCAGAUCGACAAUGAUCUGUGGCGCCUGGAGCAGUGGCUGCAGUUCGCCGAGAGCACCCAGAAGGCCCAAUCGGCUCCGCCCUCGAAUAUCGAGCUCUUGGAGGACGUAACGCAGGAUCAUCGCGAGUUCCUCUUGGAUCUGGAGAGUCACAAGUCCAUCAUAUCGUCUCUCAAUGUGGUUGGUGACCAUUUGGCCACGCACACCUUGGAUACCGAGAAGGCGAGGCAGCUGCGUGGUCGUCUGGAGGCGGACAAUGCGCGCUGGAACAAUGUGUGCAUCAAUGCCACCAAAUGGCAGGGUCUCCUCCAGACCGCCCUGAUGGGCAACAGUGAGUUCCAUCAGACCAUCGAUGAGCUGGUCAAUUGGCUGCAGAGCACGGAGCAGAACAUUAAGGCUUCGGAGCCCGUCGAUCUCACCGAGGAGCGUUCGGUUCUGGAGGCCAAGUUCAAGAAGUUCAAGGAUCUGCGUGCCGAACUGGAAAGAUGCGAGCCGCGGGUCGUGAGCCUGCAGGAUGCAGCCGAUCAGCUGCUUCGAUCAGUUGAGGGCUCCGAGGAGCAGUCGCAGCACACCUACGAGAGAACCCUUUCCAGAUUGACCGAUCUCCGACUGCGUCUUCAAUCCCUGCGUCGUCUAUCCGGUAUCUAUAUCGUCAAGCUGGGCGCUGUCCUGGGCUAUGAAGGCGAUAAUCUUGGCGUGCCACUGCACAUGUUGUCGAGUGAGCUUUUGGAUAAUACUACAUUAUCAACCUCUUCUAUGCAGGCCGCCGCACCAAACACAGAAAAUGCAAACAACAGCGACGGCGAUGCUGUCGAUGGCGAUGUCAUCAAUACCACGGUUCUGGCGCGCGGUGCUCGAUUCCUAGGCCGCGUUGCACGUGCCUCCCUGCCCAUUCAGGCGCUCAUGCUGCUGCUUUUAGGUGUGGCCACUCUGGUGCCCCACGGUGAGGACUACACCUGUAUGUUCUCCAACACCUUCGCCCGCAGCCUGGAGCCCAUGUUGUCGUAUCCCCACGGACCGCCGCCAACGUAAAGUGGCCGUCGAGUUGCAAUUGGAUUAGUGCAAUGAAAAAAAAUCAAGACCCGAAACCCAUAACCCUAAAUGUAAUGAUCAAGAAAACCCAAAACAGACCGCAGUAUAAAGAUGCCUUUUGUAAGCGAAAUUCCUGUAAGAAAAUUCAAAAAAAAAAGAAGCGUUCAAUAAUGAAAUGGAAGAGUUGUACAUUUGUGUAGUUUAUCACAUUUUGUAAUUGUAUGUAAUUUUAUAGAGAUUCGAUAGCUAGAGGCAUUAAUAAAACAACCAAUUUGUAUAUAACCUACUGAACAGACUCGACAAGCCGAACAUGAAACAAAUGAAAUGAAAGAAAUGAAGUAAAGAAUAUGCUAACUAUUCAAAACUAACGACAAGUAACGAACUAAAACUUUUGUAAAACGAUAUAUACAUUAUACAUAUAUAUUUGCACAGCAAACAAUUUAUAUAUUCAUAUAUACCCAACAUAUAUGAUCCCAAGAAAACUAUAGAGAACCCCAACAUUUUGUAUAUAAAAAUAUCUAAGCUAAAACGAAAUCAAAAUACGCACACGAAAAUUGUACUCAUCACCGCACGUUUCCUUGUUUCGAGAGAUCAAUGGCAGCAAGGAGUUGCGAUUGGGAUCCUGCAAAUUUCGUGGAACAUUUUUGCAGGAACCAAACACGAAUCCUUGCUGCCAUCGAUGGGCUAGAGAAGUGAAAGAAUCCCAAGACAAAUCAUGACCCACAUAGACCAAUCGCCUGGAGAACUAAUUGGAAUCCAGUGUCUUUUGUUUCCUGCUCGUCUUUCUCCCAAAUUCAAGGCGAUGCAGCUCACAAGAGACAUUGGCUUCUAUUUAGACUCUGGCCCUUAGAGCCCCCCUUGCCAAAGGAUACGUCUACCCAAGGCCAAGUUCUCUCCCACGGCCAAGGGAUAGAUGGGAAACCCUGCAGUGCGCCAGCCACAGGACACUGCGAACACCUCUGAUCCUUAAACUCCAACCCGGCAAUCGGGGGGACUAGACAUUUCAAAGCAUUCCUGAUACUCAUUUCCAAAUUACCCAUAGACAUUUAUCAUCCUAGCCUCCUCUCGCCAAAAAACAUAGGGAAACGUGCGUGCCACGAGCAUUGAACAAAACGAAGCAAGUGUCCUAUGCCGGUGCUAAACCAACCAACAAAUUUUCUAUGUCUAGAAAAAAUGUAAAAUGCGUAUACAAAAAAAUGAAAUGAAAUUCAUAAAACAAAAGAUUAACUCUUUGAAAAAAAAUCGUAAAAAUGCAAUUUGCAAAUAGACAAGCGACGUAAGUCCAUCCAGUAAAUUUAACCUAUUUUUGUUGUUAAUAUUUUUUGAUAAACCUAAUUCUAUUUGCCUUAUACUUACCCAACUUGUUUAUUACAACUAUUUUUUAUUAUUAUUUAAAACUUGAGCAAUUAUUGAGAAAAUACAUACAUUUAUUUAUUAGACCUGUACGAUUUAUUACGUAUUAAAUUAAGUUUGAUUUAAAUGUUAAAUUUGUGUACUUUGCUGCUUCUAUCUGGUUAUUAAAUAAUGAGCCGUUAUCAAGUUAAUAUAAUUUAUGUAGCAUUUUAAGAUUUCCUUUCUUGUGAACAACUGUACCUUUAUAUGCAUUAUGAUUAUUAAACAAAAAUAUUAAAAAUAAA